AUGCAGGCAAUCCAGAAAAAGCUGAAAGAAUGCUUUGACAAGGCAACAACUGCUGAGCUUAAGGAGGAUCUUCUCAAGGAAGCUCGGGCAUUCAACGAGAGGCCCUUCAUCACUAGUCACUGGAGCGGGGAACAACUCCAUCAAUGGCAUCUCCAACGCCAAGAAUGCGAUUAUCCGGGAAAUUCAAUUAAACAUGACACAGUGUGGUAUUAUUUUAUGUUUUGA